AUGGCCCGGAACAAGCAAACACCAAAGUUGCUGGCCAGCGGCCGGCCUCCCACGCUGAAGAAAGCAAAGUCAAUAUCGCGGAAGGAAACCAGGACGCUCAUCAAUACUCACCACACCCUGCAGAAGAAACGCCAACAGGCUCUGGCCAGAAACGAUAAAAAAGAAGCAGCAGCUAUAACCGCAGAAAUAUCUGCUCUCGGCGGAUUGGAGGAAUACCAACGGGCCAGCCUUCAGGGUCAAAGGAUAGAUCGCGGCGGGGACAGCUCCAAGGUCCUCCUGGACUGGCUGCGACCAGCAGAGCUUCAACCGGUCAAGGCCAAGAACGUAGCAACAAAGCGCAACGGCGAGGGCAUCGAGCAUCGCCGAUUGCGCAUGCUUGAGGUGGGCGCGCUCAGCACCGACAACGCCUGUUCCAAGAGCGGCCUCUUCGACAUGGAACUCAUCGACCUGAACAGCCAACGGCCGGGCAUCGUGCAGCAGGACUUCAUGGAUCGACCCCUCCCCAAGGACGACACGGAACGAUUCGACAUCAUCUCUCUCAGUCUGGUGCUGAACUACGUUCCCGAUCACUCCCUGCGUGGGCAGAUGCUUCUCCGCACACUGUCAUUUCUGCGCCAGCCCCAUGGUGAUCUUCCAGACAACGCCCGCGAAUUCUUCCCUUCGUUAUUCGUCGUCCUACCAAGGAGCUGCGUUGCCAAUUCGCGAUACUUCUCCCAGGAACGAUUGGUUGAGUUAAUGACACUCUUGGGGUACAUUCAACUUAAGGACAAAGUCACGAACAAGCUGGUCUACUCCUUCUGGAAGAGGGAAGACUCACCUCGUCAGCCUCUGCCACCGUUUGUGAAGAAGGAGAUCAACCCUGGACCGAAUCGGAACAACUUCACCAUCACUCUGAAAGUAUCAUGA